AUGACCCCCCCGAAGCCGAAUAAACCAUUGUUGCUUUAUUUAUCAGCUGCACAUGAAUCCCUGGGGUGCAUGCUCGCCCAAGAGGAUAACGGGGUCGAAAGGGCGGUCUAUUAUCUGAGCCGUGGGCUGACCGAUACAGAAGUUCGCUAUACCGACAUAGAGAAGAUGUGUCUGUGUCUGUACUUCACGUGCUGCAAAUUACGAUAUUACAUGUUGCCAGUAGUAGUGUACGUACUUUCCCAGACCGAUAUCAUUAAGUAUAUUUUUUCAAAACCAUACUUAAGAAAUCGAAUUGGGAAGUGGGAUAUUGCUAUGUCCGAGUUUACGUUGGUGUACGUUCCUCAGAGAGCAGUAAAAGGACAAGUGUUGGCCGAUUUUCUGGCCAAUCAUCCAGGUAUCACUCUUAGGGAGGAAACAAAUAGUUGCUGCGACAUAGCCAUAUGGAAGAUGUGGUUCGAUGGGUCCAGGACUAGCCAAGGGGCAGGCGCCGGAGUACACAUUGUCUCUCCCCUGGGGGCAUCUUACCAACUGUCGUUCAAACUCCAGUUUGAAUGUACCAACAAUCAAGCAGAAUACGAAGCCUUGAUAUUCGGUCUCAAAAUUUUGGCCGAGCUGGGGGAAAGGCAAUCAACAUUAGAGGCGAUUCAUUGUUUGUCAUCAAACAAGUGA